AUGAAGAAGUUUUCUUCAAAAAUAGGGUUACGGUAUUUUCGUUUCGAAAAAAAAGUUUUGUAUAAAGACAACUUUAAAAUAUGUACUAUAAAAGCCCUUUUAUUUUCUUCUUUCUACACCAGCCGACAAAUUUCUUCUUCAAAACAAAUUCUUCAAACGACACUUUCUCUACAAACAACAAAGCAUCAAGGCGUCAUGCUCUUCUGGUUCGACGACGGAUCUGGAACGAAAAAGGCGCCAUCAACAACUCCACGUUCGGCUACCACCAUCUUGCCGAUGUUCUUUGCUUCGACUCUCUUCGUUUUUGUGCUGGUUGGACAGGUCAACAGUGAGAGUGGGGAUGAUCGUAUUGGAUUCUUCAAGCACACUCUGAAGGAUGGUCAUGUCACGCUCGCUGAUUAUUCCGAGGCUGUCGGAGCAGGAGACGACUCCCUUCUUGUCAAAUACACAAAUCGUUCUGAGUCCUGUGAUGUUAAAAUCAAUGAAGGAAGCAUUGUGCUCUACUACAAGAGGGAAAACGGAAAGAACAUAAAGAACAACGGAUGCGCUGUGGACCUGUUCACCAGUCAUUCGAACAAGAUCAAGUUCAAGGCUGGAGUGAAAAACAAAACUGCAGACUGCCUAAAAAAGUGUUCAAGUGCAACAAAUACUUUUGAUGGUGCUAGUGAUAAUACUCUUCCCUUCGCCUACAGCUACAGUACAACUAAGGAAAACAUCACGCAAUUCAAGAAACGUCGGCUCAAUGGGACUUGCAGAAGGCUCGAUAGAUGCGGUGGAGAUGAACGACUUUGCAUGCCUUGGACUUCUCUCGAGGUUGCUUGGAACAAAUGCUUCAUUGACGACGACGACGACAGCUAUUAUAUUUUCGCUCACACCCAUCCAAGUAAGACAAAAUAA